AUGAUUGAGUCCAUGAUUGGUGGUGGAUUUUUGAGUCUUGUAGAUGAUGAGGCAUACAAAUUUCUUGAGAAUUUUUCUAAAAGUUCACAACAAUGGGAUUUUUCCAAUCGUAAAGAGAGAUGUGCCCCUGGAAUUAAGAAAGGAGGAUUCUAUGAAGUCAGUGAAGAUUUAGACAUAAAAGCUAGGUUGGACAAUCUCACUCGUAAGGUUGAAGCUUUAGCUUUAGGUAGAGGGAUGAAUUCUGUCAAUCAAGUUCAAAGUGAAACAUGCUCUAUUUGUGCUAGUCCUAUGCAUACAACACAAAUGUGUCUUUCUGUAGCUGGGUACCCUGAUUUUUAUGUUGAGCAAGCAAAUGCACUGAAUAAUUAUGAAAAACCAUUUGCUAGUCCAUUUUCAGAGACAUACAAUCCAAAUUGGAGGAACCAUCCUAAUUUCUCAUGGAGGCAAAAUCAGCCUCCCACAAAUGUAGGUGGACAACAAGUGCAUCAACAAAGUCAAUUUCGUCCACCUACUCAAGCAUAUCCUUCCAUUCCUCAAUCAACACCUCAGUUUGUAGCACCACCAAGACAACAACCAUCUUUGGAGGAGUCUCUCAAAACUUUCAUGCAAUCAACUAGCCAAGCCAUUCAAGAGAUGAAAAGUUCCACCCAUUUGAAUACUCAAGCUAUUUCAAAGUUGGAAAAUCAAGUUGGCCAGUUAGCAACCCAAGUUGGAGAGAGGGAAAAAGGAAAGUUUCCUAGUCAACCUAUACCUAAUCCAAAAGGGCAGUAUGCAAUUAAUGGCUCUUCUAGUUCUACUCAUGGACAAGAACAUGUUCAGUCUAUUACUACCCUUAGGUCUGGUAAGCAAGUUGAUCAUCAAGUGAAAAUGCCAGAAGUGGAGGAUGAUGAAAAUAUUGUGUUAAAGGAAAAAGGAACUCAUAGUUCACAUGAUGAUCAUAGAGAAAAGAAGGACAACCCACCCGCCACUCCAAUUCAGGAUCUUAAUUCCCCCCUUGAUAAGAGGUUUGUUCCUAAAGCUCCAUUUCCUCAAAGGUUAAUCAGUCCUCAGAAAAGUGCACAAUUUGGAGACAUUUUAGAGGUUUUUAAGCAAGUGCAAAUAAACAUUCCAUUUCUUGAUGCAAUUCAGCAAGUUCCUGCUUAUGCCAAAUUUCUAAAAGAUCUUGUGACAAUGAAGAGAAAGACAAAUGUCCCUAAAAAGGCAUUUUUGACAGAGCAAGUUAGUUCAAUCAUUCAGAAUAAAUAUCCAGUGAAAUGUAAGGACCCUGGAUCUCCUACAAUUUCAUGCAAGAUUGGGGAUCAUCUCAUUGAGCGAGCUUUGCUAGAUUUGGGGGCAAGUGUGAACCUAUUGCCAUAUUCAGUAUACUUACAGCUAGGUUUGGGGGAUUUAAAACCAACAACCAUGACACUUCAAUUAGCUGAUAGGUCUGUGAAAAUCCCUAGAGGUAUUAUUGAGGAUGUGCUGAUUAAGGUGGAUGCAUUCUAUUUUCCUAUUGAUUUUGUUGUGUUAGACACUGAGCCUGCUCUAAAUGCCAGUACACAAAUCCAUGUCAUUUUGGGUCGCCCUUUCUUAGCUACAUCCAAUACUUUGAUUAAUUGUCGUAGUGGUGUGAUGAAGAUUUCUUUUGGGAAUAUGACUGUUGAGCUUAAUAUUUUUGACAUAAGUAAGCAAGUACUAGACAAUGAGAAUAUAUGUGAGGUUAACAUGAUUGGGAGCCUAGUCCAUGAUACUUUCCUACAAUCAAGUUGUGAGGAUCCCCCAAACGCUUGCUUAACCCGUUUUGAUUGCAAUUUGGAUACUGAAAAAUCAAUUGAGGAGGUCAAUGCAUUGUUGGAUUCUGUUCCUCUCUUAAGUAUUGAUAGCUGGCAGCCAAAAGUGGUCCGUUUCCCACUUUCUUCAUCCCCAUUCCCAUCUAUUGUAGAACCACUAAAGUUGGAUGACUUUUGGGAACACCAAUUCAUAAGUAUACUUCAAGAGCAUAAGGAAGCUAUAGGUUGGAGAAUUGCUGAUAUUAAGGGUAUUAGUGCUUCUGUGGUUAUGCAAAGAAUUCACUUGGAAGACACUACAAAAGCUUCUCAACAUGUUUUUGACCCAGCUGAUAUUUGA